UUGCACCACUCUUUAGUCCCGCCUUUCCGUGGUGGGGACGGCGAGUUUCAUGCUCCCUCAGUUCUAUUAAUUUCCUGGGGACACAUUUUGGCCGUACAGUCUCUAUUCCCCCACGCAGGGAACCUUAUUUUCUUUUAUGUUUUUGACUCUCUAAACUCCGUUCAUUGUAGUCAGGACUCCACUUUCCCACUUUUCAUGACCUGCACGUCUGAAGCCAUGUUGCCACCAUCAUCUCUGCUGGUUGUCCUCAGCCUCCUCACCUGGACUUCUGGCACAUCGUUGGCCGCUAAAGUGAUUGUUGUUCCGCCUAUAAUGUUUGAGUCACAUCUCUACAUCUUCAAGACACUGGCAACGGCUCUGAGCCAAGAGGGUCACGAGAGCCAUUUUCUGGUUUCUGAGGGUCGGGAGGUCCCGCCUUCCAAUCACUACCAUUUGCAACGGUACCCAGGAAUUUUUAAUAGCAGCGCUGCUGACAGUUUUCUCCAAUCCAAAGUCACCAACAUCUUCUCAGGGCGUUUGACAUUUCUAGAACUUUUCGACAUACUUGAUCACUACGCCCAGAACUGUGAUGUUGUUGUCGGCAAUACUGAAUUAAUGAAUCGUUUGAAGGAAGAGAAGUUUGAUCUGCUGCUAGUGGACCCCAACGAAAUGUGUGGUUUUGUGAUUGCCCAUAUCCUUGGCGUUCAAUAUGCUGUGUUUAGCACAGGCCUGUGGUACCCUGCAGAAGUCGGAGCCCCAGCCCCUCUGUCAUAUGUACCUGAAUUUAAUUCACUGCUGACAGAUCGCAUGUCGCUAGUGGAGAGGAUCGCCAACACUGCCGUGUACUUGGCGCAACGCUUCGGAGUCCAUUAUAUUAUACUGCCCAAGUAUGAUCAAAUCAUGUGGAAACAUGGAGUAAAGCCUCAAGCGGCCAUGGCUGACUUGGUGCAGGGGAGCCGCUUAUGGAUGCUUUGCACUGACAUGGCUUUGGAGUUCCCCAGGCCCACCCUUCCUCAUGUGGUCUACAUAGGGGGCAUCCUGACCAAGCCUCCCAGUCCGCUACCACAGGAUUUUGAGGCUUGGGUGAGUGAAGCAUCCGAGCAUGGUGUGGUGAUCGUAUCCUUUGGAGCUGGAGUGAAGUACCUGUCCCAGGACAUCGCUAACAAACUGGCUGGAGCUCUGGGCAGGCUGUCACAGCGUGUCAUCUGGAGAUUUUCCGGCGUUCCACCCAAUAACCUUGGCAACAACACCAAGCUUGUUGAUUGGAUGCCCCAGAAUGACUUGUUGGGCCACCCUAAUACAAGAGCUUUCCUGAGUCACGGGGGAUUGAACAGCAUCUAUGAAGCCAUGUACCAUGGGGUGCCAGUGGUGGGCGUGCCUCUUUUUGGUGACCACUAUGACACCAUGACUCGUGUGGCAGCUAAAGGAAUGGGCAUCAUGCUACACUGGAAGUACAUGUCAGAGGAAGAUCUCUUCAUUGCUCUGACUAGCGUCAUGAAAGACAACAGGUAUCGUCAGCAAGCUCGUCUCUUAUCCAACAUUCACAAAGAUCAACCGGGCCACCCAGUGUCCAGGGCUGUCUAUUGGAUUAGCUACAUUCUCCGGCACAAAGGAGCAAACCACCUUCGAUCCGCUGUGUACGAAGUCUCCCUCUAUCAGUAUUUUCUGCUGGAUGUCGUUUUUACGGUCGCAGUAGCCAUGGCGCUCACUGUCUUUGCCCUGCGAGGCUUGGUGCGAUUGCUCAGGGGAAAGUCCGUGGACCACGCCAGAGGAGGCGCCAUCAGGGAUGAUAGCAGCAUGACCAACGGACACUGUCAUAGAGGCAGCAUCGCCAACGGGAAGCACAGCAGCAAUGGCUCUUUGAAAAACGAGAAGAAGACGGAUUAAUGCUUUGAAUGGUAAAGAGGCGCAAAGCAAAAGUUGACCUAAGGACUCAGCUCUAUGUUGUGAAAGCUCAGAGGCAAAGCUAUUCUUAGGUCUGUGUCAAGAGGCAACUGCUAUUUAGAGCAAACUUUAAGCUGUAGGGCGUGAUGAGAGCAAAACAUCAGGUGCUCAAAAAAAAAAUCUCCAGUGUAUGUGUGAGUCUAGGUGAAUGUUUAUGUGUGAAAUGCGACAAGUCUAACCAAAAAAAAGAAAAAAGCAGAAUAACAGCUGCAGCUUCAGCAGUUUCAGCAUGACACCAUAAAGUCUUUAGAGUUGAAAUGCCGGAAAGAUAAAUCGGAGGAUGUCAUUUUUAUUUGAGCAUCUUCUCUCCAUUAAGCUCCGUCUUGUCUUCCUGCCUCCUUUACUAAUGGGACACUGGAAAAGUGAUAUAAACCUGAGCACCAAUGCCUUCAAACCUAGAACAAAAUAAAAAAAAUGCUUUGGAAACGUUUUUAAGCCGGGAGAGCUGUAAAUAGAAGAUGAAUCUAUUUAUUAUUGUACAAAGGCGUUUUAAGGAUGGACCUUUUGUAUAUUCAUUUUAAUUUAUUUCACACAUUAGCGAGGGUAAACAUACACUCCCUAUUCCGAGCUCACAUCUAUGCAGCGUUGUUCGGCAUGCUUAAGAUCGGCCUGUGCUCAGCCACACUAUUAACUGUGUUGCUUCUGCAGGUCAGCAGAAAAAUACAACAAUUCUCCUUUUCACACAGCAGUGCCAAACUGGGAUUUUAAUUUCUUGUUGUAUUUAAAUUAGCUUUUGUUCUGGCAAGAUCAAAAGCUACGUUUUGGCAUAUCUUUGUGAAAAGGCGAUGGUAUUAAUAAAAGAUGAUGAGCAAUAAUCUGCAUGGUAAAUACUGUGGAUUGUAAAAGCAGAAUGGCUAAUAAUCAGGUGAUUCAUUAAGUCCCGUUUUCCUAAUUUUGCAUUCAUCCAUUCAUUACACUACAAAAGAUUUGAUUGUCGAUUGCCAUUUUCAAUGCUAGAAUUCUACCAAUGAUAUACGUAGUUCUUGAUUUGCUAGCACACUAUGUGAUUCCGUUUCUAUUCUAACAUACGUCGUUCAUUUAUACUCACUUGGUAUUUUAAGAUUCAGGUCGCUCCGCUUCAUGUCUCUCACCUUUGAUUUUUUGUUUGUUUUUGGUUUUCACCGUUGAAGUCCAAGCACAAAACUUUGAAAACCUCUGUGCAAUUUAUCGUGAGCGAGAGUGAUGCGUAUCGUCCACGUGACCUUUUUUUAUGCAAGUAUAUGUGAAUGCAGUCUGCUUGAACCCGGAUCUGUAUGUUUGCUUGCUAUUAUUUCAGCAAUCUGAUUGGUAUUGGUAUCAUUUUAGAGUGUCUGGGUGAAACUUUUAAUGAGAUAUGUUUCAGUCCGUUGUGAUUCGUGUGGGGAAAAAAAACAUUUGAGUUCUGAUUUUUGCUCAUUUAAUAAAAAAAAAGCAAAAAUAUGAUUUAAGAGACAAAAUUGUCUCUAAAAACCCCACAUGUAUAUUUUUCUUGUCAUCAUUUGUCGCCAUGUUGGUUGAAGUAUAUUACACUAUUUGAUCAUGACUAACUGAAAUUUCUGCAUUUGAAAUUUGAGGAGUUUUAAACAUAAAGCAUCUUGUUUAAGGACAAAUAGGAAAAAUGGGUGGAUGUGGAAUACCUCAUGAGCGCAGUACCUUAAAAGUUGACUUUUUUUGUCUUAUCGCUCCUCUCCACAUGCAUGUUUUCUGCAAGUCAUGCGGCACAGGCCAGAUAAAAAAGCAUUUUAGGGAUUGUUUACCACAUUAAAUAAGUCUAUCUUGGACUCACAAACUGCAGAUUUAUGACAAAAUACAGAAGAAAUAUUAUCUCAACCACAAGAACUAUAUUAGAAAUCGUCAAAACGGCUUGUUCCAAUUUAUUGAUCAAGAAAAAUAAAACCAUUCUUUCUCUGUGAGCUGCUAAUACACCUGCACAGCACAACCCCAUUCUGCUGAAGACAAUUAUACUUGAAACUAGGUCAUUUUAAUCAUCAAUAACACCGGCUGUUUGGGUGGGGCUCGACGUGCAGGUGCUACACUGGCUAUGAACAGGAUUUGAAAUGGUUGUAAAGAUUUCUCCUCUAUUCUCAUUCAGUAUUACCGUCCAUACAGACAGAAGGCAUCCUUCCGUGUUCUACAAUAAUGUUUCGGGUGUUUCAUUUUGUGAUGUUUGUCUCAACUUGAAUGCUGUCCUCUUUGGGGGGCUCCUGCUUGAUUUCCUUUUUGUCCUCGCCUUGCGUUUCCUCCCGCAUCGAGUCCCUCCUGCGUAUGUAGUUGCUCUUCUUUGUUACUCACUUUGUUUCAUUUUGACCUCAUUCUGAAUUGACACUAAGACUUUUUCCUGCCAUGUGUGUCUGAGUUGUAAAUAGAACAGAAACAGAACACUAAUUCUAAAUAAAAUUCCAAAUCUUGUUGGCAGA